AUGAUGAAGGUCCCCUCGAAUACUGAUACCUUUGGCCCUGGAAUCCCUCUCUACUAUGCUCAGAGUGAAAAACUAAGUGAAAGUCCUUACGGCAUGCCUUGGGAUGGCCCAAAGCUAUCUGAGGCGCGCACUGCUUCUGCCCUCAUUAAGCAUUUUGACCCUGUCGCCAUAUCGGCAAGAAUGUCACUUCUGAUCAAACAGGGAGAUGACGAUGAGGUAGUGGAGUCCCUUCCAUUCUAUCUAUCCCUAGACACCCGCCUGGCAAAGGUGUAUGAGACAAUAAGAACAAAAACAAAGGAUAUGGGUGAUGACAAAAAGCCUCAUCUUAUCAUUGAAAGUUUCGAGCAGGAUCUCGCGUACCGAACAUUCGCGAACACAAACGACACCGACGAACGCAAUUCUUAUAAGCCAAAUCUCCGUGUCAUUUACUUUAACGUAACCUACAAGAUCCACAUUGAAUGA